UUAUUCCAACACUUCGCAUCUCUUCCAAGUGUCAUCAAUAUUUUAAAAACUACCAUGCUUUCAUCGCAGAUUUUCCUUUCUUUCAAAACCCCUCGCCUUUUUAUCGUGCCAACUUUCUUCGUAUUUAUUCUUUUUUAUUAUCUUCAUAUCUGUGGUAUUACGUCUCCGCGGGCGCCAUAUAUUCAGGCGACACCAAAUGGAAUACCGAAAAAAAUAUGGUACAAGUUGGGUCCGAAGGGUCUGAACAGCGACACGCGGAAUUGGACAGAUAGCUGCAUCAGUAUCAAUCCGCGGUAUCAAGUCGUUUUCUUAACAGACGAAGACGCUGAUGAAUAUGUCAAGAAAUCGUGGGAGGCACGUCCAGAUAUUGUGGAAACUUAUCUUGGUCUUUCGAUACCUAUUGUGAAGGCGGAUCUGUUGCGAUACCUACUACUUUUCGAUCAGGGUGGUAUUUGGUCUGACCUUGAUAUAUCCUGCGAGGGUUUGCCGAUCGACCAAUGGAUCCCGCAGCAAUACAACUCUACUGGACUUGUAGUGGGAUGGGAGUUCGAUAUGGGUUGGGGGACAUCAUUUAUUCGCCAAUUUGCAAGCUGGACAAUUAUGGCUAAGCCAAAAUCGCCUCAUCUAAUGCAACUUAUCGAGGAUAUUAUGACGGCCUUUCGCAAGAUCAGAGAAGAACAAAACGUGCCAGUCAAGGACAUUACGAUCACAAUGACCGGAGAGAUUGUAGAUUUCUCUGGGCCCAGACGUUUGACGAAUAGCAUUAUAAAAAGCCUCGGGCAGACUCUGGACAGAACUAUCGAGAUGGACGAGAUAUCUCAACUCUUGCAGCCCAAAUCAAUUGGGGAUGUUCUAAUACUACCCGGGCAUCAAUUUUCUGCAUCAGCGAAUACGUACACCCCAGAAGAAUUCGAAAAAUUACCCCCAAAACUGGUAUCCCAUCAUUAUGCCGGUUCCUGGAAAAACAUACAAGGAGGGGAGGUCUGA